AUGGCACAUAGUUUUGUCAAGAUGAUUAACGUUGGUGAAAGAAUCAUUGUAAAUAAUGUUAAAGGUUAUCUCCAGAGCGGCGAGUCAACGAAUGAUUUAUCACAAAAGUUUGAUCCAGGGUUAAAUUCGGCUGGAAUACGUUAUGCUAAUAAAUUAAAAAAAUUUUUAUUAGAAUUAAGAGAAAAAGAAAGGAAACAAAGAAUCGAACAAGGAUGGGGCGAUUACGAAAGACCGUUGACAAUUUGGACAUCACCACGUCAAAGAUCAAUUCAAACAGCUAAAGUGUUUGAGAAAGAUGGAGGUUACAAUGUACGACAGCAUACUUUAUUGGCAGAAUUAAAUUUGGGACGAAAAAAAGAUUUAUACAAUCAUCGAUAUCCUAGAGGAGAGUCAUAUCAUGAUUUAACGCUUCGACUUGAAGCAAUAAUUUUGGAACUUGAGCAUGAAAAAAAUGAUGUAUUAAUUAUUGCUCAUGAAACCGUGUUGAAGAUCUUGUAUGCUUAUUUAUUUGAUAGACCACAAGAUGAAAUACCAACUAUUGUAAUACCAAAGAAUUAUUUAAUUGAAAUAAUUCCAACAGCAUACGGAUGUCGAGAAAAUAGAAUGCAGAUUUUUGAUAAUGAUUCAUUUGAUGUACCGAUAUUAUCAAGUCUAAAUCGUUAA